ACACAGACUGGAAGCGGGCGGGAGCGGGAGCUGGAGCGCGGCGCACGGCCCAGGCCGGGCCCGGGGAGCGAGCGAGCGAGCCGUGAAGGAGGAGGGUAGCUAGGGGCGAGGCUGCCGAGGCGGAGGGAUCUGCGCAUCAAAGCGAUCGGGGCGAGCAAAGUUUGGCUGGGGGUUGGACUUUCCUUCCUGGAGGCGGCACCCAAACAGCCACCCGGUGCGGAAACCCAAACUUUCUUCUGCCACUCUGAGGCUCGCGGCCGCCGCCUCCGCCCCGCGUUCGGGGCCUGCCCGACCCUGUGCGGCUGUCGUCCGCCCGCCGGCUUCCCCAGCCGCCCUUCUGUCUGCCGUGAGAGCCCCGUAGGCUGCAGCGCCGCGGCCUGGCCCGGAGCACCAGCAAGUUCGCCGAGAGUUGAAACGAAGAAGUUUGGGCAGCCCCGGCCCAGCUCCUCUUUGCGCCCCCGGCGUCCCGCCGCGCCCAGCCCCGCCGGGGGCGUCCCUCGGCGCCCGCGCGCCCUCCCCAGCCAUGUCGUCCAUCCUGCCCUUCACCCCCCCGAUCGUCAAGCGCCUGCUGGGCUGGAAGAAGGGCGAGCAGAACGGGCAGGAGGAGAAGUGGUGUGAGAAGGCGGUCAAGAGUUUGGUCAAGAAGCUCAAGAAGACGGGGCAGCUGGACGAGCUGGAGAAGGCCAUCACCACGCAGAACGUCAACACCAAGUGCAUCACCAUCCCCAGGUCCCUGGAUGGCCGACUGCAGGUGUCGCAUCGGAAGGGGCUCCCCCAUGUCAUCUACUGCCGCCUGUGGCGAUGGCCCGACCUGCACAGCCACCACGAGCUGCGGGCCAUGGAGCUGUGUGAGUUCGCUUUCAACAUGAAGAAGGACGAGGUCUGCGUGAACCCCUACCACUACCAGAGGGUAGAGACCCCAGUUCUACCUCCUGUGCUGGUGCCACGCCACACAGAGAUCCCGGCCGAGUUCCCCCCGCUGGACGACUACAGCCAUUCCAUCCCCGAAAACACUAACUUCCCUGCGGGCAUCGAGCCGCAGAGCAAUAUUCCAGAAACCCCACCCCCUGGCUACCUGAGUGAAGAUGGAGAGACCAGUGACCACCAGAUGAACCACAGCAUGGACGCAGGUUCUCCAAACCUAUCCCCGAAUCCGAUGUCCCCAGCACACAGUAACCUGGACCUGCAGCCCGUCACCUACUGCGAGCCAGCCUUCUGGUGCUCCAUCUCCUACUACGAGCUGAACCAGCGCGUCGGGGAGACAUUCCAUGCCUCGCAGCCGUCCAUGACCGUGGAUGGCUUCACCGACCCCUCCAACUCGGAGCGCUUCUGCCUCGGGCUGCUCUCCAACGUCAACAGGAACGCGGCCGUAGAGCUCACGCGGAGGCACAUCGGGCGGGGCGUGCGGCUGUACUACAUCGGAGGGGAGGUCUUCGCAGAGUGCCUCAGCGACAGUGCUAUCUUCGUGCAGUCCCCCAACUGUAACCAGCGCUACGGCUGGCACCCAGCUACCGUCUGCAAGAUCCCACCAGGAUGCAACCUGAAGAUCUUCAACAACCAGGAGUUCGCUGCCCUCCUGGCCCAGUCCGUGAACCAGGGCUUCGAGGCCGUCUACCAGCUGACGCGCAUGUGCACCAUCCGCAUGAGUUUUGUUAAAGGCUGGGGAGCAGAGUACAGGAGACAGACAGUGACCAGCACCCCCUGCUGGAUCGAGCUGCAUCUGAAUGGGCCUUUGCAGUGGCUUGACAAGGUCCUCACCCAGAUGGGCUCCCCAAGCAUCCGUUGUUCCAGUGUGUCUUAGAGACGUGGGGUGUGGAGGGGGCGGGGCGGGGAGGGCGGGCGUGGGUGAAAUGGCCAUGUAGGAAGUGGAGAAAAUCGGAACUCAACUCACUGUUGCCAAGGAAGAAGAGAUUUUUCUCCCUCAACCAAAGUGGCACCAACCUAUUCUCCACAACACAGACGCAAACCCAGAGAUGGAUUUUAUGAACAGCUGUGCCUGCUGAGCACAUUUGCCCUCUGGCCCCAGUUUGAAGGGCAAGAAAUGGCUUCUGCUUUGGUGGCUUGAGCAAACAGGUAGUAUGUCACCACCUGCCUCCUCCCUCAGCCCCCUUCUUUUUCGACAGCAAUCUGGGAUGUCACUGUCCAAUCUGGGAUGCCACUGUCGCUGUCACAGUCCUCUGUGCAGAACUGCAGGGUGUUCACCUGGAGUGUUCCAGGCAGGGAGAAGCCUGCAGGGGUGUGAGCAAACCUCGUAACCGGCCCUCUGGCACUCUGACAGAUGCCUCUCGAACUGAGCACAGUGAGCCCCAGCAAUCCCCUAUAGAGGAGCACCCGAGCCGGACUGACAACUGGGGUGAGAGGGACUUGUGUGUCUCCUCCACUCAGAGCGUCCUGAUUGGUGUGAGCCAAUGUGUUCAGGCCAUGGACUGACAGUGGGAAAAGCCAGAGACCUCUUCUUUCAAAAUGCUCUUAAAUUUGUCCUUUCUCAGUUGGAGCAGUUAGAAGGAUCUGCCGAGGCCCAGAGCAUCUGCAAUGUAUAGUUUAUCACAUUAAUCUCAAAGAGAUUUGAAUGACGGAAGGUAUUCACGUAAAGCAGGGGGCGUUGUGGAGCGAUCGUGUUCGGGCUAAGGCAGCACUCACUACAUUGCAUGGGUCCCAGUCGUAAGAGCUCACUUUGUAUUCUCAUGCAUUCGGCUAUUGGUUUAUGUAGUCAGUUGCAUUAAUUAAAUGAACUUUAUCAUGUGCUCUUUUAAUGUUUGUUUUAUGCUUAAAUCCUGGGUUGGCGCAUUGACUGGGAAAGCAGAGUGGGAGGAAGCAACUUCUCCCCCAGGUGAAGCUUUUGCAGGUUUUGUUGAGAAGACACCUGCCAGCAGUUUUGCAAGCUGAUUUAACAGGAGCGAAUUCACCAGAAGGGGAAAAUCUCAGGCCAACGAGGCAAAUGAAAGGGCUAUUAAAUUUUUUUUUACACCUUUGAAAAUUGCAGGCUUGGUGCAAAGAGGUCUGUCAUCUUCCCCCUGGGGUAUAAGAUUAUCUAGUUCACGGUGGAAGGUUAUCAGUGCCAACUCUAGCAGUUAUAUUGUAUAAUAAGUACUGCUCCCAGUGGCAAUUAGUGAGAAAACUAUUAUAAAUUAUUUCAACUGGAAAAAAAAAGCCCUUUUGCAUAAUACAGCAGACAGAAUUGCCACUUGCAAUUGAAUUGGUACUUUAUUCUUUGCUGCUGUUUUUGUAUGAAAUGCCUUAUCCCAUAUUUUUGCAUGGAUUUCUACCAGGAAAAAUAAAGGGAUUUCCUAUGGAAGUCCUGUCUUAACUCCAGGUGAAGGCAAGAAAGUGUGUACUUUUGGCAGGUUGCUAACCUCAAGUGUGAUGACAUUUCUGAUGCUAUGUGGAGAUGCUGGGGGCUUCCUGGUGCCUCACCUGCAGGACCCUGCACCUCUGAAGCUCCAGCCUUGAGGUUUCCAGGUAGGAGAGCUGCUCGCUGAGCCUCCUGAGGACACAGGAAGAGGCAGGAGGAACACCUUGCCAGACCUGUGCUAGUCUUCUCACAGGACCAUUGACACAGAAUGCAGAGACCACGCAAAAGCCCUCAGUCCCCCUGAGGGCCAAAUACUGUGUCUGAAGUUUGUGCCCAGUGUGAACCCAUCUGUGGACUGCUGCUUAGACACAGGAAGCCACCCGAACCUCCUGGAUGUGCACUCAUGCUCCCGGUCAGGCCCGAGACUUGGUAUGCAUGAUUCCAUUUGGCCUCUCCUAACAGCGAUGGGCAGCGGUUUCUGAGGGCCUGUGUUCUCCACCUGCUUCAUGAUCCCGCAGCACACAGCUGUCCUCCAGGUACUUGGCAACUAGCUUCAGGUACAGCCCGAUGCUGGCGAUCCUGUGGUCACAUCUGGCUACAUUUAGAUGGUGUCUUAGAACCUUCAGUGCUUUGUUUCCCAAAAGCUACUCACUUGGUCCUUUUUCUCUACAGAUUAGACUGCUGGAGGAGGCAGUGUGAGGAAAAUGUAGGUAAGCCCAACUUUGGCACCAUGGGAAAUAAAUUUGGUCUCACCUGGAGGUUAGGACCUGGCACCAUCCCCAUCCACAGAGGCUGCGCAGGUGCCUUGGGGCAUGUGUAAUAUUAGUGUCCUUUGUCACAAAACUAGUUUUAUUUUUUAAACCCUGUUGUAUGAAAGGCAUUUAUACAGCUUAGAACUUUUUAAAAGGACAGCUGAAAGGGGCACGAGGAAAUAAGGGCAGUUCUAGAGGGGGACAGUAGGUGUUGGACAGUGGUUUUAAGCGUGCUCAUCCAGGCUACCCAUGAUGUGUGCGUUGUCCCCUGCCCCAGGCUCCCUCCCCGGUCGCCCUCACCUUGCAACCCAGAGUCGUGGGCCUGGGGCUCGCUGGGGUCCUCAGCCUCAGCCCUUUCCCUGGGAGCCAACCUGUAGUCCCUUUCCUUUCCUCCCCCGCACCCACUUCCAAACUUUAUUUAGUAACUUAGAUCCUUCCAGCGCAAACGUAGGUAGCCGCCCCAGCAGGUUCCGGUUACAGGCCUGUGCUGGAACAUCAUCUCGGCUGGCCACCUUCCUGGCAGGCGGUAGAAGACCUGACAUUUUGAGACAAGCCUAGAGUCAGGAGCGGGGACUUUGACUCUUAGAAAGAACACAUGAGGGCAAGGCUGCUGGCAGACUUUUCCAUUGUCCUUAUGUUGGCUGUGUUGUAUUUUUUUACUGACCGUGAUUAUUUUUUUUAAAAAUCAUUGUUAAUGUAAUGGAAUGAGCUGUAGCACACAUCUUGUGCUUAGUUUUUGGUUUUUUUUUUCUGCAUGUCCCCUUGGCUUCCUCGAGUUUGGACAUAUUCCAGGGCUAAAUGCUUUUACUCAAACUGCAGAAAAAGGUUUCCUUUAAGUAGUGUGUGCAUGUUGAGCAUGCAAAUGAGUAGUCUGGGGAGAAGACAGGCAUCUGAUUUCAUCGUUAGCCCCAAGCUGCUAUUUCUGCGGCUCCAGCUCCCACAAUGGUCUCUGCAGGGGGAGCGCGCACAGGAGGCCACUCUCGGGUCCUUAGAAGGGGCGGGAGGGAAAGGAAUCUGCAGGCUGCUCCGGGGACUAUUAACCAGGGGUUACCAGUAGCAAGAAAGGGCAUGAGUUAAAUUCUGGAUCUUGUGUCUUACUGUGUGACUUCAAGUGGCAGAGCUGGGAGUUUCCCCAAAAUCUACAUGUCCCCACUUUCUUACAAGAAAACCGCAACUUAACACAGCUAAGUUGCACCAUUUUUCUUUGUGGCAUAAAUGUUCCCUUCUAGAACCCCUUCAAGUAACACUCUUCAAAAUGUACGUCAGCUUUUUAAAGGGGAUCGGCUACUUCUCUAGUGGGUGGGCGAGUCGUGGAAUUAACACAGAGGACACGGAUCAGAAAUGAAGAGGAGGCCCCUCUGACGGGAGGGUGUCAGUCGGUGGCAAGUGCCCGACAUCCAGGCGGCGCUGCAGAAACAAAACCCGCCUGUCAUGUAAACUGGAUCGAGAAAUUCUCUCAGUGAUUCUGUAGUUGAUUUUCUUUUUUAUGCUCAAGUAAUGUACACUCUUGCAUCCUGGUGUUUUAUAUUUAUGUAAUGAUUUCUUAAACCCAUUCAAGACAGACGACUAUUUAAUUUUUUUUGAAGAAACUUGGAAAGGUAUCUCCUCCCAAGGACAGUGGCUGGGAAGAGCGGGAGGCACAGCCAGUUCUGAAUGUGGGUUGAGGGCAGAGGCUUUUCUGGCUCAGCACCCAGACACACCAGCCCAGGCUCGCUAAUCAUGCCGCAACGUGUGACAACAGGCAGCUCCGAGUCCUCUCCCUUCCCGGGGUGAGAACUUUACACGGAGGGCUGGAGCCUCCCUUCUCCAAGAUGCCUUCACUCACUCUCAGUCCUGCAACGAGGCUGUUCCGACAGGGGCCCUCGAUGCGGAACAGAACGUGCGCGAUGCUGAUGACCUUCACGUCUCAGCCAGCCUGACCUUUUAAUGCCUUUGUAAAAAGCAUGUAUGUAUUUAUAGUGGUUUAGAUUUUUCUAACUUUUGUAUCUUAAGAGCAGAGCACCUGUUUAAGCAUUGUACUAUUGUUAAAGAUUUCUGUCCUCUCUGUCCUUCUCUUCCCCCUGUAAGUGCCCUUCUAAUAAACUUUUCAUUGAGAAGCUCCUGCACCAGGAGCUCAGUCU